CUCCUGGGAGGGAGGCGGGGCUCGGGAGGAGGUGCGGCGGGCCCCGCCCCCCACAGUCCGGAAUCCGCGCGCCCGCAGCCGGAGGUCGCCGAGGAGUCCCGCGCUGGCGUCGUCUCCGCCCACCAUGGCCGUCGCGCUGCUCGCCCGGGCCUGCGGCCCAGCCCGCGGAGCUCUCCAAUCUCGGGCCUGGCGUCAGUUACAUACCAUCUACCAGUCUGUGGAACUGCCUGAGACUCACCAGAUGCUGCGUCAAACGUGCCGGGACUUUGCAGAGAGGGAGCUGGUUCCCGUUGCAGCGCAGAUGGACAAGGAACAUCGCUUCCCGGCCGCUCAGGUGAAGAAGAUGGGCGAGCUUGGGCUUCUAGCCAUGGAUGUGCCUGUGGAGUUGAGCGGUGCUGGCCUCGAUUACCUGGCCUAUGCCAUUGCGGUGGAAGAGAUCAGUCGAGGCUGUGCCUCCACUGGUGUCAUCAUGAGUGUCAACAAUUCCCUCUACUUGGGGCCUCUCCUGAAAUUCGGCUCUGAGGAGCAGAAGCGGCAGUGGGUCACUCCGUUCACCAGUGGUGACAGAAUUGGCUGCUUUGCCCUCAGCGAACCAGGGAACGGCAGCGACGCGGGGGCCGCCUCCACUACUGCCCGGGAAGAGGGUGACUCUUGGGUUCUGAACGGCACCAAAGCCUGGAUCACCAAUUCCUGGGAGGCCUCAGCCGCCGUGGUCUUUGCCAGCACACACAGAUCCUUAAAAAACAAGGGCAUCAGUGCCUUCCUGGUCCCCAUGCCGACGCCUGGGCUCACGCUGGGGAAGAAGGAGGACAAGCUGGGCAUCCGGGCCUCAUCCACGGCCAACCUCAUCCUUGAGGACUGCUGCGUCCCCAGGGACAACCUGCUGGGGGAGCCGGGGAUGGGCUUCAAGAUAGCCAUGCAAACCCUGGACAUGGGCCGCAUUGGCAUCGCCGCCCAGGCUCUGGGCAUUGCCCAGGCUGCCCUCGAUUGUGCUGUGAACUACGCCGGGAACCGCAGGGCCUUUGGGGCGCCGCUCACCAAGCUCCAGGGCAUCCAGUUCAAGUUGGCGGACAUGGCCCUGGCCCUGGAGAGUGCCCGGCUACUGACCUGGCGUGCUGCCAUGUUGAAGGAUAAUAAGAAGCCUUUUACCAAGGAGUCAGCAAUGGCCAAGCUGGCUGCAUCGGAGGCUGCAACUGCCAUCAGCCACCAGGCCCUCCAGAUCCUAGGUGGCAUGGGCUACGUGACAGAUAUGCCAGCUGAGCGGCACUACCGCGAUGCACGCAUCACCGAGAUCUAUGAAGGCACCAGUGAGAUCCAGAGGCUGGUGAUUGCUGGACACCUGCUCAAGAGCUACCAGAGUUGAGCCUCCGCAGGGCUGACCUGUACCCCACCCUGGGCCAGCUGGCCUGAGUUCUGUGGGCAAGGGGGUAGGAGCUACGUGGCCUAAACCCUGACUCCCUGAGAGACUGGAGCUGAUGGGAGGGGCCAUUUCUCCUCUUGCCAGGAGCACCCUGGCCCCAGUCCUUCUGGUGUGGCCUCACCUGCCACCCUCACCUCUGCCCGCCCCAGACCUAACUGCCUGGGCUGAGUCUCAGACAAAGGGAUGGUGGGGCAGUGACCUGCGGCUGAGGAGCACCCGUCUUCAGCUCUGCUUCCUGGCUUUGCUCCAUGUUCACCACCAUGCCUUAGUUCCUUCAUCAGAGUGGACAUGGCCUGGAGGUAGGGCUGUGGGAAGGGCUAAAUUACCACUUUGGGACCCCGCAGCUCUGUUCUGGGGGCCCUGGGUCUCAGCAGGAGACCAGUGGGACAGGCUCUUGGCAGUGUCUGCUCCCUGAGUUCAGGUGUCAGGAUGGGGAGGUGGGGUUGGGCAGAAGGACCAGGCCUCAGUAGUAGAGGCUGCGGUCUCUAGGCCUUGGGGGCUGGGCCAUUAAGGCAGCUCAGAGCCCCUUCAACCCUCUCUUUGUAAAGAAUAAAGUGUGUGCAGCUGGGUGGGCUGGCUCAUGCCCUGGGACAAUCAAGUGUGGGAACUGAUUGUGGAUAAUAAAGCAUAUCUGUGCCCUGGU